UACAUUGUUAUAUAUAUUCCUGCACUUUAGUGGAUAAUUUUACAGAUAUUUUACGUUUCUUUUAAAUAAUAAGCCUCACCUACUACGUUUAAAGAUAAGUUUUAACACUUUUCUGUUGGCCUGACAUAAUUUUGUGGGAAUAUUGUAAUUGAGAUAUGCAAAAAAAAAAAAAAAAAAAACAGAGAUAUUAAUUUUCGGCAAUAUUGCCCAGCUUUAGUGCCAACUAAUGUAUAUUGCAACAACUAUAACUGCAUGCAGAUUAUAUUUUUAUAUUAGAGUGUGUUUUAUUAAUUUGUGCAUAUACAUUUUAGAUGGCACCACGAAUUAGCCCUUUAAAAGAUGCCACAUAUCAUGUCAUCAACAAGUGUGACAAAAAUAAACUGGAGAUCAAGUACAUCAAUCAAGUAAAAGGACGGGGUCUUUUUGCGAAAGGCUCCUUUGGAAAAGGAGACUUUGUCGUGGAGUACAGAGGAGAGAUGAUUGAUCAGGCAGAAUUGGAGAGGCGAAGGAAAAUUUACCACCCGUCCUGUGCCGCAUUCUUCUUUGAGUUUAAAUGGAGAGGGAAAACAUGGUGCAUUGAUGCCUCUGUUGAAGAUGGCACCUUUGGACGGAUAGUGAAUGAUGACCACAUACAGCCAAACUGUAAAAUGAAAAAACUUUACUUUUAUGGAAAGCCACACUUGUGUUUGUUCACCACAAGAAACAUCAUUGAAGGUGAAGAGCUCACAUAUGAUUAUGGAGGAGACGACUGCCCAUGGAGAGAACAACGUUCCAGCGUGUCAGAUAAGAGCACUUGUACAGGUGACAGUCAUCCUACUCUCCAGUCCCAAACUCAGACGGAUAAUCCUGUAGAUCCAAACGGCUCUCCUCAACAGAGUCCCAGCGUGUCAGAUAAGUGCACUUGUCCAGGUGAAAGUCAUCCUACUCUCCAGUCCCAAUCUCAGACGGAUAAUCCUGUAGAUCCAAACAGCUCUCCUCAACAGCGUUCCAGCGUGUCAGAUAAGAGCACUUGUCCAGGUGACAGUCAUCCUACUCUCCAGUCCCAAACUCAGACGGAUAAUCCUGUAGAUCCAAACGGCUCUCCUCAACAGAGUUCCAGCAUGUCAGAUAAGAGCACUUGUCCAGGUGACAGCCAUCCUGCUGUCCAGUCCCAAACUCAGAUGGAUAAUCCUGUAGAUUCAAAUGGCUCUCUUCAACAGAGUUCCAGCGUGUCAGAUAAGAGCACUUUUCCAGAUGAAAGUCAUCCUACUCUCCAGUUCCAGACUCAGACAGACAAACCUGUCGAUCAAAACGGCUCUUCUCAACAGAGUUCCAGCAUGUCAGAUAAGAGCACUUGUCCAGGUGACAGCCAUCCUGCUGUCCAGUCCCAAACUCAGAUGGAUAAUCCUGUAGAUUCAAAUGGCUCUCUUCAACAGAGUUCCAGCGUGUCAGAUAAGAGCACUUUUCCAGAUGAAAGUCAUCCUACUCUCCAGUUCCAGACUCAGACAGAUAAACCUGUCGAUCAAAACGGCUCUUCUCAACAGAGUAUGGCAGAUGUCAGCGGUUGUUCAGGUGACAUCCGUCUAGCUUUGGGACUGAAGAGAAGGAUGGCUAAUUCUGUUGGUCAAUAUGCUCCUCCUCAACAGAAGAAUAAAAAAGCUCUUUUUGUACCAAAGCAAAGACGGAGAAAACAUAUCAUGAAAGCCGAUCAAACUCAGAUGGAUAGUCCUGUUGGUCAAUACGACUCUCCUCAACAGAGUCCCAACGUGUCAGAUAAGAGGACUUCUCCAGAUGAAAGUCAUCCUACUCUCCAGUCCCAAACUCAGAUGGAUAAUCCUGUAGAUGCAAAUGGCUCUCUUCAACAGAGUAUGGCAGAUGUCAGCGGUUGUUCAGGUGACAUCCGUCUAGCUUUGGGACUGAAGAGAAGGAUGGCUAAUUCUGUUGGUCAAUAUGCUCCUCCUCAACAGGUACAAAUGUUUUCAUCACCUAACCUGUAAUAUUCACUUUUUUAUGUGUAUUUUUGUUGUUUUAAGCACUUCCAUUACUGUUUGCUUCGUUGUUAUUCUACAUGAUGUGGCUAAAUUAUAUGUGCCAAAUAGGAUUGUACAAAAAGAAUAUUUAAGUCCUCUUUAGAGCCUUGUGCAUAUGUAAGCUUUCUUGUUUUUAAACAUGUACUCUCAAUAUCCCCACAAGUGACUUUGCAGUUGAGUUCAUGUGUUAAUACUUGCUCUCAUUGUCCACAUGACGUACUUUACGAUACUUUUAGUAUCUGAAAUUCAUGGAUAGGUCCUAAUGAGUUUUAUAAGUGUAUUUCCGGUCUAGUGUUUGGUUUUUGUUCCCCUAUAUUAAUAAUUAUUUUUUUUUUUUCAUUUAGACUUUUUCACAGAAGAAUAAAAAAGCUCUUUUUGUAUCAAAGCAAAGACGGAGAAAACGUAUUGUAAGUCAUACAAUGUUACUACAUGCAACUGUCAAUAUUGCAUUUUCAGUGCAGUGUAUUUAUUUUUUUUUACCAAUGAUCAUCACAUUUAGUUAUGUAUGUGCUUUUUACUUUUCUACCUUUUUUAAAAUAUAUUUUCUCUAUUUUACUUUUUUAGAUGAAAGCUGAUCAAACUCAGAUGGAUAGUCCUGUUGAAUAUGAGUCUCCUCAACAGGUACAAAUGUUUUUAUCACCCAACAUGUAAUUUUUUUUCUUUUAUUUUUAUGUGUGCUCUAGGGAUGUCCUGUUUUUGUUGUUGUUUUUUUUUGCCUCAGAGUCAUUUGAUUUUGAGUAUCUGCUGACAUCAAGUCUCAAUCUGACACUUCUAUAAAAUUUAUGAAAUGAACUAAGAGCAAAGAAUAAGAUCCAGGAUGUGUGCAGGAUCAGAUUGUGUUGAUUUCAGUGUGUAGUAUUUGGGCUGAACUUAGUGUGAAAAAUCAAAUGUCCAAAACUUGAAUUUUUUUAUUAACUUUUCUAACUAUGCACCAUCAUUGUUGAAAAUCUUUACUUUUACCACGGUCUGGUCUUGGAAUGUGUAACUUAGUGUAUUUAAUGAACUGAACAAACGGGAACCAGACCAGAAUAAGAUCAGACCUGAGACUAGACUCUGCACAAUCUACAGUUUGUACAUUUGAUAUUAUAUGGAAGCAUGUGCAUUUUAACGUUUACGCUCAUCUAUGAAAUCCAAAUACAAAACAAGCCCCACAGCCUAC